AUGGAGCUCGUGCAGGAAGCUGGUCAUGCCAAGGAGAACUCGCCGACGGUCCGCCGAAAGCUCGUCUUUGAAGGACUCUCGCUGAAGCAGUCGAUGGACGCCCAAGGCUCCUUGCCUGGCCCGCCGAAGGUGAAGAAGGACGCCAAGGCCAAGCGGCGUGCACUGGGUGACAUAUCCAACAGCUUUGCUACCGAUCUGGGCAGCACGCUCUUUGAAGCUGCGGGCAAAGGCCAGCGCUUCCAGACGCCGGUCGACGCCUCAGCGCCGCGCAAGGCGAGUACAGCACCAGCUGUCGAUGGCGCCUCACCCGCGCGCGUGUCCGCCGACGACGACAUUGAGCUCGCCCACGGUGGUGUCUCGACAAACGACGACGUGUACUACAUGAAGGGACUCCACGACCAGCUCGACGCGCAAGUGCAGGCGUGGAAAGACGAAGCCGCCAAAGAGGCAGCGCAGAAGAAAGCGGCCGAGCUCUUGGCUCUGGAAGCGUCCUUUGACACAACCCUCGACACACUCCCCGACCCCGAGAGCAUGUGGCGAUCGACGCCGCCGACGCCCGAAGAAAUCUACCUCGACGACUCGUGCAACGGCCUAUUUGACACGGAAGGCAUCUUGGACUUUACGUUGCUCGACGCGUGA